AUGCCGCUCCUCACGUCCCGUUCUAGUCCAACCCCAACGACGAGCUCUUCGUCCAACACAAGCACUGCAACGUCCUUGUCUCCUCAAGAACCUCGACGAAAAGUCUUGAUCAGCGACGAGGAGCUCCUCGGUCGCAUCCACCAAAGCGAGUCCACCCUCGCUCUCAAAACCGCCUUAUCCGACCCUGUUAGUUCCUGGGAGUCAACUCGACACCUUUCAUGUAUCGGGCUCAGCGCCACUGCUCGACGUGAGACGUUUGAGCUCUCGAGUCGAAUGAAGCAGAACGGAGGCAAAGGUGCGACCCCCUUCGAGGUCCUAACUGUCGGGUGCAUCGCUUGUAGUCCGCAAGAACUCGUCUCCGUGCUCUAUCCACAGAAUGAAAUCGACUACAACGUCACCAUGAAAGCCGUGUACGGCCGUCAGUUCAUCUACGGCUCAGUCGUGCAGAAGCUCAACACAAAAGCCUCGAAAGCUUUGAUCCCAGCUUCCCACUACUUGUCCGUGAAAACGGGGUGUUUUGCCAGAUCCAGGAUGCUCGGACGCAAUGAGCAAUGGUGUUUCCUCGACUAUUUCCAGCCAACUACAUUAGGGACCUCACCUCAAUCUUCCCCCUCAUCGUCUCUGAUAACCGAGUCAACCCCGUCAGGCUUUUCCAUCUCUCGCGUGUCCUUGUCACAGCACGAGUUGGCAGCUGGAAAAGCUGUUGAAGGGCGUGUGGACCAACUCGAUCGCAUCUCGACGCUCCUGGUUGUUGAUACGGUACCUGCCGUAUCCAAAGAUGUUAGUGAUGGCAACUCGACCAAACUCCGCGUAACGUUUUACGCUGCAUCCUCCAAUGAACGACAGCAUUCUAGCCCUUCAACUGCUUCUUCAGCGAGUGACAAGGUGACCCGAGCGCGGUUAGUCGCAUUGGCCAAAGGCAUCCCUCGACUCCCUGCAGUCGUGCGACGUCGGCGUUUGGGGGUUCAGGUGUUUGCAACCCGAUCGGUCGUAGGCCUCCAACCUGCAACGAAACGACAGAAUGCACGCUGCAUCUCGUGCACAAAAGGCAUUCGACUGAGUGCGUUUAUGCAGAAUGCUCGACGGUGUCAACUUUGUGCCUAUAACGUCUGUAAAGCGUGCUGGUCCCGUGAGAACAUUGAGACUACCAACGGAUACAUUGUAGCUCUUGGUGUGUGCAACCGGUGUCUGGAAUGGGUGGACCGUUGCGACUACUCGAACGUCCAGGACGGGAGUCGAGGUCCUCUGCGGAUUGUCGACGACCCUGCACCAAGUCGAGACUCUGAGUCCAGACCGUCUUUCGGUCGGGGUUUUCGGGACGACUUGGCGGUUGAGAGUACGAAAGAAGCAGCCGUGACGGUGAUCAAGAUGCUCUUGGAUCGCUCGAUAACUACAGACGAAGCUUUGGAAAAAGAUCGAGCGAAAGCUCAAGGAGGCGAGGAGAACAGGUAUUUGUCUGCAGUGGAAGAGUACUUUGAACGACGAGCAAGGGAAGCACCUGCAGCUGAAGACUGUGUACUGGCAAACUCGCAGCAACGAGCGUAUGCGUUGCAGCCAACGGACGACUUUGUAUCGCCACCAGCUCCAAUUCCAGAGAAUGAAGUUGCUCGACUCGAGUGUGUACAUCGGCUUGGGCUUAUGGACUGGAAAGAUCCGAUGCCUGAGUUGGACAUCAUUUGCUCCUUUUUGGGCAAAGAGCUUGGCUUCUUCUGCACGAUGGUCGCAAUUGUAGGUGCAACGCAUCAAUUGGUACUGAGCUGUACCAUGCGGGAACUCGUGCAAACGUUGCUACCUCGGGAACAUACGUUUUGCCAACACUUGGUCAUGGGCGACGCUCCUUUCAUUGUGCGACACCCGGAAGCUGACAUUCGCUUCUUUAACCUCAAUCCGGUCAAGUUCCAAGGCGCCAAGUAUUACUGUGGCAUCCCCGUUGUAGGUCCGGAUGGGAUGAUGGUGGGCUCCAUUUGCUGUGUCCAUAGCUCAGCCAUGGACAUUACACGAACGCAGUACGAUAUGCUCGUUCGCUUUGGCGAGAUUGCAUCCCGAAUUAUCCGAAUCAAAGUCGAGGCAACAAAAUGCACUAGUCAAAGAGCUCGUGAGUGA